GUGCGUCAGCGACAAGGCACUGUACGAGAUCGCAUGACGGACUUAACAGAGGUUCAAGAUGGACAGGGUUGCUAGGUACGCCGCAGAGCGUGGACUCGAUGCACUCCAGGCCGGUGGUGCCAGGGGAGAGGAGGGAGGGGGCGGGGGAGAUGGUGGCCAGGGUGCGUCCGACCGCCCAUCGGGGGGUGAAGGCGCGGACAUGGAGGAGGACAUGAUCCAUGUCGAUCUUCCCGGGAUAGGAGGACGCACCAGAGUUACAUCCAGCCACUGGGGAGAGGAUGGUGGACUGGCUGCGGUGAGCAGCCAAGGGAGCGGUGCCUGCACCGACUGGUCUGAGGGAGGAUGGUCCUUCAAAGAGGAAGGAAGUAGAAGUUUAUCCGGCUGCUACCUACGCUUGAAGGCCACAAGAAGGUCUUCCUCUGCUGCCUUUAUUCCAACGGGGUGGCCUUCAAUGCCUUCCGCAACGGGGCAUGGAAGGCAUAUCAACAGGUGCUCCUUGAGCAGCCUGGCCGUUCGUCGCGCGCUGUGCUCCCUAGCCACAACGAGAUUGCCAGCAUGCAGGCGGUGGAGACCCACCGUGCGGAGUUGGCGGAGUUCGAGGAGGCGACAUGUUCGUUACUUUUCUGGUGAGGUGGAGGCUUACCAUGCUUGGCUUGUGAGGCAAGCCAAGAAGUACAUUCUGAAGCAGACGGGUUUCGAGUUAGACGGUGUGGAUUACAUCGUUGUCUGUCGUCAGUUUGAGGACUUCCACGUGCAGCAGGGCAGGUUUGGCGAUUGGGGCGGGGCGGAGGGGCGUGCUCGUGGGCGCGUGUAUAGCGGUGACGCCGAGACGAUCGAGUAGGUGGAGACACAAAAGUUGGCAUCCUCCUUGCCUCAACACGGUCUUCUGCACAGAUCUAUGGCGAAUCGCCGGUUGAGGUUACGAUCACCUUCCCCAGGGGGUUUGCAGGAGGAGGUUGGGCACCGUGCCACUCCGACGGACAUGGGGGGGCCAGCCGUAGCGGAGGUGGAGGAGACAGCAACACCGGCGGUGGACGUGGAGGUAGCGGUAGCGGAGGAGGAGGUCCAAGCAGUGGCAAUGGGGGAGGAGGAGGUGCAAGCUGGAAUUGUUGUGGUGGGAGAGGAGCUGGAUGGUGUGGACGCCAAGGAGCACCUCGUGCAACAGUUUAUUACGGAGGAGGUCGAUCCAGUGGUGCGCGGUUUUACCCCAGGUGUUGCGAGGGGGCUGGGGAUGUCUCCUCCCACAGGGUGUGCGGGUUCGGAGAUGGAGACCCACUUCGACUUUGACCUGUCGAUGGGCACUUCCCGUAGUUGUGGCAGGGCAGCAUCGACUGGUCGAGCACCUUCGAUGGACGAGGCGGCAGGCGAGAGGGGUUCGUGGACGUCGAGAGAGAGGAUGGAGGCGGAGUCUCCAGAUGCGGCACGCGACACCAUGGAGCGAGAGAGGGCUCGACUUAUGGCAUCCAGCGACCCGCGUGCUAAGGCGUUCAAACGGGCGUUGGAGGAGCGCAGGCGUCGAGAAACAGGGAGAGAUGGUGGGCAGGAUGGGGUGGUGGCAGGGGCGGUCCGGACGGACGUUACAGGGGCGGUGGCAGCAGAGGCGACCCCACGCAAGAGUGGAGUGCCUCGUCCACGCCCCGUGCCUGCACAGGGAGGCGCUGCACUUAGAGAGUCUUCGGGGGCGGAGGGUUUGGGGAUGCCUCGUGGAUCCCGCCGUCAGCAGACGGUCGCAGAGGCUAGUGCAAGGGUUGUUGUGUUGAUCAAGGGAAGCAACCCGGUCACCAUCGGGGAGGAUGAUCCUGAGACGACACUGCCAGCGAGGGAGGAUGAUGAGGACUAUGAGGGUGAGGAAGAGGAGAGUGAGAGCGACGACGGUGAUGACGAGGACGAUGACGAGGAUGAGCCCCCACGCCCCCCACCGACGUGUGCUUCGAGACGUGUUGCGCAUACGUCUUCAUCCACACGAGGGAAGAGGAGACGGACAUCCGAUAGUUGAGGGGGUACGAGCAGGUAGAGCAGGAAGGGGAAGAGGGAUCAAAAAUUUCGUUUUCCCGCACCUGCACGCAACCUCGUCACAUUCUGCAGUCCAGGGUUCUUGGUCGUGUUAUGUUGUCUUAGUAUUGUAAGGUGGUCACGUAUAGUGUGUGUGAUGUAGUUGUUGUUGUUUUCUUCUUUUUUUAUGUGUAUUAUUGUAGUGUGAGUAGGGCUUCUAUACAGUAUUUCAACGUUGGUCUUAGUAAAGAUUCCCGCCACCG